AUGGACCGCAGCCUCGACGAGAUCAUCGCUGAAGAUACGCGCAACACUGGUCGCCCCUCUGGUGGCCGCCGUAACAACAACCCGGGCCGUCGCCGUGACCGUGAUGGCGUUAGAAAGGUCCGCCCUCCUCUUCCUCCUGCGAAUUCUCCUCUUGCCCCCGACUGGGUUCAUGACAAGUUUGACGAUGACCGCUCCCGCCCUUCCCAUGUCUCCCGAAGAGGCCGUGAUGGACCCGGCUCUGACCGCACAUCCGCAUUGACCAAAGUUCGGGUGGAAAAUCUCCACUACGACAUCACACAGGCCGAUCUUGAGGAUCUCUUUGGCCGCAUUGGACCUGUUUCCGACCUCUCUCUUUCAUACGACCGCGCUGGACGCUCUGAGGGCGUCGCUCACAUCACAUACGCCCGUCUGAAGGACGCACACACUUCAAUCCAAGAGUUUGAUGGUGCUAAUGCCAAGGGUCAACCCAUUCGCCUUUCUCUCAUUCCCGGCCGCCGGGAGCGCAACCCAUUCGACAGUGUGCAGCACCCCAAGUCCAGCCUCAUCGACCGCGUGGAGCGUCCCCGUGAUGGCCGCAGCUUGAGCCCCCGAUCCGACGACGAGGGUGGUCGCCGCCGUCGUGGUGGUGGCCGUCAACGCAGCGACGUUACCAAGCCUGCCCCCGAACACAUUGAUCGCUACGUCCCCGGUGAGCGCUCUGAGCGAUCUGGACGCUCUGGACGCUCUCCUCGCCGUAACGGAGGAGGCAGACGCAAUGGACGUGAGCCCCGCGCUCAACCCGCUGAUGGAUCCCAUCGCUCGAACGCUCGCCCUCGCAAGACACAGGAAGAACUUGACCAAGAGAUGGAGGAUUACUGGGGUACUGCCGGUGGCGGCGACCAAGAGGCUGCCCCUGUUCAGGAUUCUGCCCCUCAGCAGGCUGCUCCGGCUACCAGUGCACCUAUCACUGACGCCGAUAUCGACAUGAUUGAGUAA